GUCACAGAGAAGAAAAAACCGAGGCGGCGAGGGGCCUCUUCGCUUCGUCAUAUCAGCAGAAAUUGCUUGUCCACGAAGUAGAAGAGAACGAUUCAUGAUUCUGCUCUGCAGUGGAAACUAGAGAGUACAUUGGAAAGAAAGAGGAUACCUCAUGGCUCCUAGAAGCAUACUGUCUCCAUUGAAAGCUUCCAUACCGAUGGCUGCCAGUACUCUAUUUCUCGCCCACCGCCUUCCCACCAACACCACCCUUUCACCUUGCUCCAAUAUUCUGCAGCGUUUCGGCUUCAUUUCUCUGCAUUUGAGGAAGAAGGCAGUCACCAUAAGGCAACUUCACGUAAGAUCAGUUGCUGCACCUACUGAUGCUACAGAAGGCUUCGAUGAGAUGGUUUCUGGUACCAAGCGAAAGUACUACAUGUUGGGAGGAAAAGGAGGUGUUGGGAAGACGAGCUGCGCUGCAUCCCUUGCCGUGAAGUUUGCAACACAUGGACAUCCUACCAUUGUUGUAUCAACUGACCCUGCACACUCAUUAAGUGAUUCAUUUGACCAGGAUCUAACUGGUGGAACUCUGGUUCCUGUUGAUGGACUCGAUUCUCCACUGUUUGCUCUAGAGUUAAACCCUGAGAAGGCAAGAGAAGAAUUCCGUAGUGCAACCCAGAAGAAUGGGGGAACUGGAGUCAAGGAUUUCAUGGACAGCAUGGGCCUUGGUGUGCUCGUUGAGCAGUUAGGGGAACUAAAACUUGGAGAAUUGCUUGAUACCCCUCCUCCUGGGUUGGAUGAAGCAAUUGCGAUAUCGAAGGUUAUGCAGUUUGUUGAAGCACCACAAUACAGUAUGUUCACCCGAAUAGUCUUUGAUACUGCACCAACUGGUCAUACUCUUCGCCUCCUUUCCCUGCCAGACUUUUUGGAUGCAUCAAUCGGAAAGAUCUUGAAGCUAAAGCAGAAGUUGGCAUCAGCAACAUCAGCUAUUAAAUCUGUGUUUGGACAGGAAGGAGCACAAGAUAAUGCUUCUGACAAGUUGGAACAGCUGAGAGACAGAAUGGCAAAGGUGCGAGAGUUGUUUCGUGAUGCAGAUUCUACAGAGUUUGUCAUUGUAACCAUUCCAACGGUUAUGGCCAUUAAUGAGUCGUCAAGGUUGCGAGCAUCACUGAAGAAGGAACAUGUACCCGUAAAGAGGCUGAUUGUCAAUCAGCUUUUGCCCCAAUCUGCAUCAGACUGCAAAUUCUGUGCUAUGAAAAGGAAGGAUCAAACACGUGCCCUUGAAUUGAUCCAAACUGAUCCAGAGCUCAUGGAUUUGAAAUUAAUUCAAGCUCCACUGGUUGAUGUUGAGAUCAGAGGUGUUCCUGCUCUAAGGUUCAUGGCUGAAAUAGUUUGGAAGUAAAUUCUGCAUCCCGUAUCCAAUUUAUGAGAACGAACUGUUCCAACUCUAGCGUCCAUUCCUACCAUCUUAUUCUUCUGGGAUUAAUGAUAUGGUGUAUAGGAGCACCAUUGGCGGGAAGAGAUCUAAAGUAAGGAGGUGCUAUACCGUUGAUGAUCUGUGAAGUUGAUGAAAGAGGUAAUUUGCAUGCUAUCAACACAGAAAUCGUGAACCAGGCGUCAGACCUGGGGAGCCAAAAUUUUCAAGCACUACUUUAUGAGUUUUCGACCUCAACCCUUACAAAUUAACAAAAUUUGUUGUAUUCUCAUCCUCGAUCUCUGUAGCUUUAUGAAUUUCAGGAGCAAAUGGUCUUCUGAAAUAUGUAUACAUAACAUGCAAAUAUAUGCCAAGUUGCAACAAAUGACGUGCCUGAAAA